AUGCCCAAACCGAAGAAGUCCGAUACUCAAGCCAAGCCUAGUAGCUCCACCCCCAACUGGCCUCCUCUCCGCCCGCUCCUCCCCGCCGCCGACUUGAGCCUCGAAACCCUCGUUCCCGAACAAAUCUAUUUGAUCCGCAACUUCCUACCUGCCUCAUUAUGCAAGACAUACGCCUCGUUUCUGGCGUCUCUACCUAUGACUACGACGCCCGGUAAACCGAAGAAGGACGAGGCGGUGCGCGUGAAUGAUCGGUUCCAGGUGGAGGAUGGGCGAUUCGCGGAGAUAUUAUGGAGCGGGACGGCGAUGAAAGAACUCGUCACCACUCGGUUCGGCGAGGCUGAAUACGAUGAAGGGGACGAGGAUGCGACUCCUCCAUCACCGGAAGAACUUGCGCGGAGAGCCCGAGAAGUCUGGGGUGGAGAGCCGUUGGGCUUGAAUCCUAAUAUUCGCAUCUAUCGAUACUCUGCGGGGCAAUUCUUUGCACAACAUUAUGACGAGUCUAAUUCGCUGACUUUCCUUCCUUCGGGGGCGGCGAAGUCCCUGCCUGCACGCACAACUUGGACACUUCUUAUUUAUCUGACUACUUGCUCUGGCGGUGAGACGGUAUUUUAUCCGGAACCUACACGAGCUGAUCGGAAUCCCAAGCCGAUUGCUGUGGCGCCGGAGGUGGGGAUGGCCUUGUUCCAUCGGCAUGGGGAUCACUGCAUGCUGCAUGAAGGGAAAGAAGUGACGAAUGGGGAAAAGUGGGUGUUGCGGAGUGAUUUGGUGGUGUCGAGGUUAAUGCGUAACGAAUAA